AGUGCAGAGUGGUCACUGGCAGGGGCAGACACCGGCACACCACAGCAGAGAGAGGAGGGCAGACACCAGCACACACCACAGCAGGCAGAGGAGUCAGUGCACGGCCGCCACUGGACAGGAGCUGAGAGUGAAGCAGUGCUACAAAGAAGGACUUAACAACUACAGAGGGAACGGCCAGUCGGACAGGCAGGGGGAGAUCGCCUUGAGUGUAAGGCACGAACAGGUCUACGGCUGUCUGCUGAGUUGUUGCUAGUGCACUGUGGGAACUGGGUUUGGAAGCCGGAGGAAGAUGAGGACCUUACAGUGUCUACUGCUCCUGCUGCUGGGCAUUCAGCUGUGUGUUGGAGCGCCAUUCAGUCGGGUGGAGAGAGAGGCUCAUGGAGCGGAUGUUGGCGUGGAGCUGAUUGGCAUUGCUAAGGACGCACCUGAUGACACACCGGUAGCAGAGGAACCGGCACCUGAACCAGCACCAGAGGAAGAACCAGCAGCACCUCCACCGGAACCAGCACCAAAACCAAAACCAGCACCAAAACCAGCAUCAAAACCGGUACGAAAAACAGUACGAAAAACAGUAGCAAAACCAAAACCAGCACCAGUACCAGUGCCAGAACCGGUACCAGAACCGUUACCAGAACCAGUACCAGAGGAACCAGCAGCACCAGUAGAACCAGCAGCACCUGAGGAACCAGCACCAGUAGAACCAGCAGCGCCAGUAGAACCAGCACCUGAGGAACCAGCAGCGCCAGUAGAACCAGCACCUGAGGAACCAGCAGCGGCAGUAGAACCAGCACCUGAGGAACCAGCAGCGGCAGUAGAACCAGCACCUGAGGAACCAGCAGCGGCAGUAGAACCAGCAGCACCAGAGGAACCAGCAGCACCUCCACCAGAACCAGCACCAGCACCAAAACCAGCAUCAAAACCAGCACCAAAACCAGCACGAAAAACAGUACGAAAAACAGUACGAAAAACAGUAGCAAAACCAAAACCAGCACCAGCACCAGUACCAGAACCGGUACCAGAACCAGUACCAGAGGAAGAACCAGCAGCACCAGUAGAAGCGGCACCUGAGGAACCAGCAGCACCAGUAGAAGAACCAGUUGCCGAGGAUCCACCAGCAGCAGAGGAACCAGUUGCCGAGGAUCCACCAGCAGCAGAGGAACCAGUUGCUGAGGAGGCUGUUGUCGUAGAAGAAGCGGUUGCCGAGGAAGAAGCUGCCCCAGAGGAACCCGUUGUGGUCGUGGCAGAACCUGAUGCAGAACCAGCAGCUGAAGAACAAGUUGCAGAGGAGGCUGAAGCUGUUGCCGAGGAAGCUGUUGUCGCAGAGGAAGCUGCUGGGGAGAUUGUUGUCGAGGAAGCCGUUGCCGAGGAACCAGCUGCCCCAGAGGAACCUGUUGUGGAGGCCGUUGUAGCACCAGAAGAGGCCGCUGAGGAGGCGGAGGAGGCACCUGCUGAAGCUGAGGCUGAAGCUGAGGCUGAAGUGGUGGUGGCAGAAGAAGCUCCAGCUGAGGAGGAGGCCGCCCCUGUGGAGGAGGAAGCAGCAGCUCCAGAGGAAGUUGUGGAGGAGGCCAUAGAAGCUGAGGAUGCUGCAAUCGUAGCAGCAGAACCAGAGGAGGAGGAGGUACCCGCAGAGGAGGCGGCAGUGGAGGAAGAGGCAGAGGAGGAGGAGGAGGCUGAAGCAGAGACUGAAGAAGUUGAUGUUGUAGCAGCAGAGGCUGAAGAAGAGGCAGCUCCUGAGGAAUCAGAAGCUGAAGCUGAAGAGGAGGCUGCCGAGGAGGAGGAAGAGGAAGCUGCCGAAGUGGAGGAGGAAGCUGCAGAAGCAGAGGAGGACGCAGAGGCCGCCAUAGCCGUGGAAACAGAGGAGGAGGAAGCUGAGGCUCCUGAAGAGGAGGAGGAGGAAGCUGAGGCCGCUCCAGAGGAGGAAGAGGAUGCUGAGGAGGAAGCAGAGCCUGAGACAGAGGAGGACGCGGAGGCCGCAGUAGCCAUGGAAACAGAGGAGGAGGAGGAAGCAGCUUUAGAGGAUGAGGAGGAGGAAGCUGAGGAGGAGGCUGAGGAGGAGGCUGAGGAGGAGGAAGCUGGAGAGGAAGAGGAUGUUGCUGCUGUCAUACCGGCUGAGGAAGAGGAGGCAGAAGGUGAGGAUGCUGUGGAGGAGGAGGAGUUGGAGGAGGAGGUGGUGGAAGAGGAGGCUGCAGAGGAUGAGGAGGCGGCAGUGAUCCCUGAAGUAGAAGAAGAAGAGGAGGCAGCAGAGGAGGAAGAGGAGGCAGAGGAGGAGGAGAUAGCUCCUAUCCCUGUGGACGAAGCAGAGGAGGAACCAGCACCUGCAGAGGAGGAACCAGAGGCUCCUGUGGAGGAGGAACUGGCACCAGAAGAGGAACCGGCACCAGAAGAACCAGCACCAGAGGAACCAGUAGACGAAGAACCAGUAGAAGAAGAACCAGUUCCUGAGGCAGAACCUGCUCCUGAGGAGCCAGCAGCUCCAGACUGCCCCGGGUGCCCAAACUGCCCGACAGAAGCAGAAGCCGUGGUGGUGGUAGAGGAGGUGGUGGAGGAGGUGGUGGUGGAGACUGUGGCAGCUGAGCCAGCCGUAGAGGAGGAGGAGACUCUUACCAUGGAGCAGGAGGCAGAGGAGGUGAAAUCAGGUGGAGUCAGUCGAGGUCUGCUAUUGGGCUGUGCCUUCAUUGGGCUGCUGUCACUCAUGGCUGUUGGAACUGUCGGCAGAGUCGUCUCCAAUAAACUACACUGAGGAGGGAUGGUUGAGGUGUCAUGGAUCUCUGAUUACUAUCAACACUGUGAAGGAAUGAAAACACACACUGAAGACACACAUAUCCCCACACACUUCCCAUCACACACACACACACACACACACACACACACACACACAC